UCCAGGUGGCGCUGCAUCUCGCACGAGCUUUCGGAAAGUUUGGCGAUUUGUGUGUGUUCAUCCCGUGGCUGAAAUCAACACUCUGUAAAGAUGUUUAUGACACGCUCGGAGUACGAUCGGGGUGUGAACACCUUUUCCCCUGAAGGCAGACUCUUCCAGGUCGAGUACGCCAUCGAGGCUAUUAAGCUUGGCUCCACGGCGAUCGGAAUCCAAACUGCCGAAGGGGUCGUCCUGGCCGUGGAGAAAAGGGUGACGUCCCCCCUGAUGGAGCCGACCACCAUUGAGAAGAUUGUGGAGAUUGACAACCACAUUGGCUGUGCUGUCAGUGGUCUCAUGGCAGACUCAAGGACAAUGGUGGACAGGGCACGAGUUGAAGCCCAGAACCACUGGUUCCUGUACAACGAGAAGAUGCAGGUGGAGAGUGUGGCCCAGGCCGUGUCCAACUUGGCCAUCCAGUUUGGCGACAGCGACGACGACGGCAACGCCAUGAGCCGUCCCUUCGGAGUGGCCAUCCUGUUUGCCGGCAUUGACCCCAAGGGCCCUCAGCUGUACCACAUGGACCCGUCUGGCACCUACGUCCAGUACGAUGCCAAGGCGAUCGGUUCGGGCUCAGAGGGCGCACAGCAGGCACUUCAAGAAAAGUAUCACAAGUCGAUGACGCUUAAAGAAGCCACCCAAGAUGCACUGACUAUACUCAAGCAAGUGAUGGAAGAAAAGCUGAACUCUACGAACGUCGAGGUUGCUAAUGUCACCAAGGAGAAAGGAUACCACAUGCUUUCUAAGGAAGAGGUGGAGGAAGUUAUCAAAACAAUUUGAGGGCAACUCUUUCUUUGAUAUUUUUAAAGCACUGGCAGUUAAUUUGAAUAAAGCUUUUUCCACAUUCA